AUGGUGAUGCGUCUGAAAUGGAGGGCUUUCUGCAGGAUCCAAUGGAUUGUCUUUGUCAGCUGGUGUAAGAGCUUCUGGGACUGUGGACUUGUGGCACUGGAUGAUGUAUCACUGAGCCUGGGAAGCUGCCAGGCUGCUGAUCUAUUGCUACCCAACCCUGGAGAGUGUACUUUUGAAAAAGAUGAGUGUAUAUUUACCCAGAAGAAGAGAGGUCGUGGGAGUUGGCACAGGAGGAGGGGUCCAACUCCCACUUCUUACACCGGACCGAAAGGAGACCACACUACUGGGGUAGGAUACUACAUGUACAUAGAGGCAUCCAACAUGGUAUAUGGACAGAGAGCAUACCUAGUUUCAAGAUCACUAAGAGGAACCUCUGGAAAACAGUGCUUGACAUUUUUCUAUCACAUGUAUGGAGCUGGGACUGGAUUAUUAAGUGUUUAUCUAAAAAAGGAAGGUGAUGAUGAAGAGAUUCCUUUGUGGAGAAGGACAGGGGAACAAAGCAUCUCAUGGCUAAGGGGACUGAUAGAAUACGAAAGUGAUAGAAACUAUCAGAUUAUUUUUGAGGCAAUCCGCGGUGUAUCAGUGAGAAGUGACACUGCUAUUGAUGAUAUUCUGUUCCAGGCAGGACCUUGUUUAGUAUUCCCCCUUCUUUCUAUUGCAGAAGUGGAAGAAAUCCAGUUCUCAUCAGGCUAUCCUGACAGCUUAAACGAAAUUGAGUACUAAAUACAGUCUACUGAAAGGAAUGAAGUGUGUAGAAGACUUGUAUGUGAGAAACUGCACAAACUGCCUAUUUUAAAUUGUUUUACAUAAAUACUGGACUUGUCUGAAUAUGCACCAAUGUGUAGGAAGAACUCAGAGCACUCAUGUUCCUUGCCUUUGCAAUGAAAUUGUUGACUCAGGGCUUCUUAGACUGUAUUGGGUUUUUAAAAUUUUUUUCUCUUUUGCAUGAGGUAUCAGUUAUAUAAGUUAUAUAUAUCAGUUAUAAAGGCUUCCCAUUUUGCACAGAUCAUUCAUCUUAAUGCUUUUUUUAACCUUUCUGGUAUACAGGUAAAAAGAGGAAAGUAAAGGUGCACAAUUAAAAUCCAAUAUUGUGUUAUCUUAAAUCUGCAUUCAGUGAAUGUUUUGUG